AUGCAAAGUUUUAUAGAAAAAUAUGAUGAUGAAUUAACUCAAAAUCUUACAACAUGCUUAGAAGCAAACGAAAGUGCAGAAAAGAAUAUUAUGGAGUGCAAAGAUUUAUUAUUUGUUCAGCCUCCAUCGACAGAUCAAAUUAGAACAAAAUAUUUCGAUACAGUUAGAAAGGAAUGCGCUGCUGAAAUGAAGCAACUAUUCGAAACAUUAGAAAAAGGCUCAGAUAUGAAGGCUGCGCAUACAAUUGAAUAUUAUAUUAGCGGCUAUGAUCUAUACGACCAGGACGAGCAAGCAGUUAUUAUGCAGUGCUAG